AUGUGUGGAGUCAAGGCACUGCUUGAUAGUGGUUGCAGUACCUGCUGCAUCAAUAGCGACUACGCACAAGCAGGGAAAUUGGAAAUCCAGGAGCUUCCACAACCCAUUGUGGCUCGUAACGCCAACAACACUGAGAACAUCAGUGGCCGGAUCACCCAUUACGUUGACUUGAGGAUGAGAAUCGGUCCUCAUGUGGAGACCUGCACGUUCCUCCUGACGUGUCUAGGAAAAGCCGAGAUCUUCAUUGGUCUUGAUUGGCUGAUGGAGCACAACCUCAAGGUGGACUGGCAGGAACAGACAAUGAAAUUCAGCCACUGCCCAGAGCAAUGCUACAUGAGGGACUAUGAGGAGCACCAGGCAAUGAUUGACAUGGACUCAGUUCACUUGGACACGUGCGCGUCCAACAUGGAAGAAGGGGAAUCAAUCUUGUUGGUCGACUUUGGGAAGGAGGUGGAUCUGCAGCUAAAAGAAACGCCGGCGCAGAAGUUUGCAGAAGAAGCAGAGAAGGAAAGGAGCAGAUGA